AUGUUUUAUAGACUGAUUUAUAUCACAAUUCUGAUAAUAGAAUUGAUUGAAUGUGUGUUUGGAGUUAAUUAUGUCGAUGUCAAGAAUUAUAAUAUAUCUCGUGGAGUUAAUGUGUUUUAUGGGAGAUUUAAUAAAUUUGGUAAAUAUUUUAUGUUUGUUGGUGAUUUGGAACCCAUUACUCAAUUAAGAUUCGGAAAUGAAUUGAUAUUUCCAAAUGAUACAGGUUCAAAUAAUUAUAACCUAUUUGUUGAAAUGUUCAUAAAAAAUAACAUUAAGCUGGUAUCAUUUUAUGUCCACACAUUUCAUAAAGGAUUAUUGAAAGAAGUAAAAAGAAAGGUCAUCAGCAUAUCUUGUGACACAUACAGUUAUAUAAGUAAUGAAGAAUUUAUGUUCAAUAUCGAUAAACCAAUUCUAGUUUCAGUUGAUAUAGGACCAAAACCAAAACAUCCAUUUAUAACCAGGUUUCGAUCAGGAUACGAAUUUCAUAUUAUGUUUGAAUAUGAAAUGAUUAAAGAAUACCAAGGAUUUAAAUUUGAUGGAAUAACAGGUCCACAAUAUAUGUUUGGAUAUGUUUAUGAUUUGGAUCAUCCUGUUGUUGUAGGUUAUACAAAACGUCCAUAUCUGACUGACGAAUCUGUUGUGAUUAAAAUUUUUAACUCACAUUAUAGUUAUAAUAAUAUACCCGAAUUUAUCACUGUACCUUUCGUUAUUGAGUUUAAAGUAAAACAUGAACACUCAUUUGAAUUAAGACCUAUAUUAGGCAAAAAUUAUUGGUUUUUAGUAGAAUAUACUGAAGAGUUUUUUUCAAAUCCAACGAAUAAAUAUGCAAUCAAAUUGUAUAGAUCGUACAUGAAUCAUCAAUCUGGAAUACCAUUGCUUCCAUUAGACAUAUCAGAGCUUGUUAGUUAUGAGAUCUUUGGGAUGAAAAAAGUAACUGGAUUAGCAAAAUAUUGCUCAUACACAUUGUAUACUCAUGAAAGAAAAUGUGAAAGUGAUUACAGAAUCAAAGUACUUAUUGAUUCUCAAAUUUAUCACAGAACCAUUGAUGUUCAAAGGACAACAUAUAUUAAUUACAACUUAGAGGUGUAUAAGGAUAACGGAGACACAUAUGUGAUAAUAAGUUUUAAUAUCGAAAAAGCAUAUUAUAUAAUAAAAGAAUCAAAAAUAUACAUCAAAAAAAUUGGAAGAGAAAAAUUCAAAAAAGAAUAUACUGUUAAUCAUGGAUUAACAAUGAAAAUGAUAACAAAAUGGUAUCCGAUAAAACUAGAUAUUACAAUAGAUAAAGAACAACCAUCUUUAUUUGAGAAGAAGGAAAUAUCAAACAAAGAAUUGACAAUAUAUCAUUUUUCAAUCAAUGAAACUAAUGAUUUCGGAGAAUCCAUAUUGAAUAAAUAUGUGUUUGGGCGAGUUUAUCAAACAACAAGUUUUCAAUUUGGUAACAUACCACAGGAACCUUUUAGAAAACACAGGGUGAUGAUUGUUGGAGACAUAAAUACGAAUAAAUUUAUAGUAAGGAACAAAUCGACACUUGAUAAUUUGAGCACACCACAAUAUCAGUUGUUCCGACUAAGAAUAUAA